AUGGAUAAUUUAACUUUAGAAUCUUUUUAUAAAAAGAAAAAGGAAUCUUUUAAUAUGAUUUAUUGGAGCCUUCGAAAAACCGUUCUGUCAGCAAAAGGCAAUCAAGGAAAAAAUAUGAUGGCACAAUCUUUGGAAAACAAAUUAUUGGCCAUGUUAUUUCUUACUUCUAACUAUUAUAUUAUGAAUAAUAAUAAUAUAUUCUUAAAGCAUGUUGAUAAAUAUUAUAAGGGUAUAAAAAAAAAUAACAUAAAAAAAAUAUAUACAAGCAGGACCAUAUAUAAAAUACUAUUGAAAAGAAUAAAUUAUAAAUUAUAUAAUAUAUUUUUAAAAACUUUGAAACAUAAAGAAAGGGAGAAUAUACCUGAUAUUAAAUAUACACUUUAUAAUAUAAAUAUAAACAAAAAUAUACAAGAGGAAUAUUUAUGUAAUAUAUUUGAUAAGUAUUUUAAAACACUAUUAAGUUAUUUACCACAAUAUAAAGGUAAAUGUAUAUUUAAUCAAUUUUAUAAUAUAGAUUUUAUAUGUGAUAGGAAUUUAAAAAUUAUUAGAAAUAUAAAGAAAAAUAAUAAAUAUAUUAUUUAUCAUAUUUUGUUUUUAUAA